AAAAGGUCCUGACAUUGCAGGAGCUCCAAGUCUCCACAUUUAAAACCCAACGCUAACAAAGAAAAUCCGAAGAUUUCUUCUUCAUCGUCUUCUUCGUCUGUCGUUUUUUGUGCUCUUUCCAUCGCCAUGGAUGCUAAGAUUGGCAAAUUCUUCGAAUCCGUUGGCAACUUCUUCACCGGCGGAGACCAACUCCCCUGGACGGAUCGAACCAUCAUAGCUGGCUGUGAGCGAGAAGUUGCAGAAGGAGGAGCUGGCGACUCGGCUGAAAACAAGAAUGAUAGCAUAAUGAGGCUAUCUUGGGCACUUGUUCAUUCAAAGCAGCCUGAGGAUGUGCAGCGUGGAAUCGCUAUGCUAGAAGUUGCUCUGGAUAGCGCGAGCAGCCCUCUCCAGAAAAGGGAGAAGCUCUAUCUUCUGGCUGUGGGAUACUAUAGAAGUGGAGACUACUCUCGAAGCCGGAAUCUUUUGGAUCAAUCAUUGGAGAUCUCCCCAGAUUUUCGUCAGGCACAAUCUCUUAAGAAGGUGGUUGAAGAUAGAAUCGCCAAAGAUGGUGUCAUCGGCAUUGGCAUUGCAGCAACUGUAACAGGAAUCGUAGUUGGCGGAAUUGCUGCAGCUUUGGCUCGUAAGAAGUAGUAGAUGUUUUCUCUGCCACAGUAAGAACAGAGCAAAAGCCAAAAAACAAUUAACGGAUGGGGGAAAAGGGUUGAGUCAUGGUCAUCAAUAAUCGAAUAGCUAUAAACCUCAUAGUCAGCUUGUACAGGAAAUUCCCUGAGAACUACUUUGGUGAUCUGUUUCUAGAACAUACUUGUUGGUGAGGGUUUUUUUUUUUUUGGUUCAGGAGAAGAUUGUGUCAUCGUUCUCUUGUUUUAGUCCGUGUUGCAGAUGAUAAGUGGCUUUUUGUUAUGCUAUUUCAAGCAUUCGUUCGUUAGAUUGUUGUUUUCCUUCUGAAUUCCUGUCAAAGGGCUUUUUCCUUUUUCUAUUUCCCUUGAAGACAAGAAUGCUAGUCUAUGGACUUUAUUGUUGAGAAGACUUGGGUGGGGUAGAUUGAUGAAUAAAAA